AUGAACGUCGGACCAGCGAACAGUUGCUCUGCCUCCGGAGCCGCUUCCUUGUCGACCGGAGCCUUGGGCUUCUUGUCACACCGAUCAGUGAAAGGGGCGCGGCUGGCAGGCCUCUUCACAGCGCUCCAGCUUGUUCGAGACUCCUCGCGACCGGCGCGGUCACCGCCGCCCAUGCCCAAUGUCGCGCGUCCGGCGCGAUCACCGCCGUCCGUGUCCGAUGCCACGCGUCCGGCACGGUCGCCGCCGCCCAUGUCCGAUGCCACGCGUCUGACUCGCUCGCUUCCGCUCAUCUCCGACAGCACGCGUCCGACGCGCUCACCGCCGGUCAAGUCCGACGCGGCGGCCAGAAUCAUAAAUUUGUUAUCUAUCCAUCUCCGGGUCGCCGACGCACGGCCAGGCUUUCCGUCCGUCCGCGAUGUCUUGAGCAACGUAGCGAUUGGGGCCGACGGUGGGGUUGGCAGCAGCGCAGGAAGAACCGCGGCCAUCUUGAUCUUGCCCUGUCAAGAACAGAGACCAAAGACCAAGGAAGCAGAAAAGGGGACGAAAAGCACGAACCCUAAUUCGAUCGGAUCGACGGAGGAAGAAGAAGGCGACUUACUCGAUUUGAUCUUCGUGUUCCGCCGAUCACCUUGCCGCCCAACGCGAGAGCUUCGAAACGAAAGCGAAAGCCGGGGUACGUAUGUGGUUCCCGUAUCUACGUAUUUGUAG